AUGGGAGCUGUGGACUUGGUUCCAAUGCUCCAAAUCGAACCAACCCGGGAGGUGGCUGUGGCUGUGGAGCUUGUGGUCAGCUGGCUGCGGGUGGUCAGAUGGGCGGGUGUGCUGCUUGCUCGGGCCCCGGACCUUGUGGACCCUGCGGUUGCAGCGGCUGCAAUCAGAUGGGUCAGAUGGGCAACGCCAUGGCCUGUGGUGGCUGUGGAGCCUGUGGAAGCUGCGGAAGCGGUUGCUGUUCCCGUUGCGGAAGUUGCGGCGGAGGCAACUGUGGAGGCAACUGCGGGCCAUCUGGCUGUGGAGGUAGCUGUGGGCCAUCUGGCUGUGGUGCUUGCUGCUCCAGCUGCACAGGUGGCUGUGGGGCUUGUAACUCGGGUUGCACAGGCAACAGCUGUGGAGGCUGUGGAGGCUGUGGAGGCUGUGGAGGCUGUGGAGCAUGUGGCAACAGCUGCGGAGGCAACUGCCAAGGCUGUGCGGGAAGUUGUCAGGGCUGUGGAGGCAGCUGCCAGGGCUGCGGCAAUUGCGGUGGCUGUGGUGGCUGUAACCCAUGUGGUUGUAUGCCAUGUGGGGGCGCUGGCUGUCUCCCAUGUGGUCAAGCACCUGGCUGCGCCGCGGGCUGCAAUGCCGGCUGCAACGCCGGCUGCGGAGCCGGAGGUUGUAUGCCAUGCAACUGUGGUGCAGCAGCUGGAUGUGAUGGUGGGACACCAUGCAACAACAUGGACUCCACAAACUAUCGAGGCAGCGGCUGUGGUGGGUGUUGCCAGGCUGCCAUGUGUGGCGGAACACCCUGUGGAUGCAGCGACUUGA